AUGACGGAAAGUAUUUCAGCAGUCUCAGAGUGGUUGAGAAGUGGAAUGAUCUUGAUGAAGUCUUCAGGGCAGGGUUCAUACAUAGUUUUAAGAUCAGAUAAUGUGGUUGACGAGAGCAAAAUUGACAAGGUGGUUGCAGUACGUGGGGACUCUGCUACACGACGAGAGCCUGUUGCCCCAGAACCUCCGCCUGAGGAAAUUGAGAGCAAAAAUGAAGAAAUUGCCAAUCGCGUUUUGAAAAGCAAAGAUGCUGAAGAUCUGAAGGAAGCUAAAAUUGAAAAAGAGAUUGCACCAGGUUUAGAUAAAAUAGAGGUGAAAAAAGAGAUAGAUGUUCAGCAGAAAUUGGAAAAUGUUAGAGAUGAGAAAAAUGAGGGAGAUACUUUACACCCAGAUGCCAUUAAAAAGGAAGAGAAAGUCAAUAAAGAAGAAGGUAAUGAAAAUAAAGUGGAAGUUGAUAAAAAACAGGCUGAGUUACUUGAAAAAAUUGAAGUACAAUACAAGGAACAGCAGAAGAUUCUGGCUGAACAGAAACAAAUUCUACAAGAACUGAAAGACCAGAAGGCAAAACAGGAGCCAAAGUUAAAUAUACAGAAAGAGGAACGUAGAAUUAAUGUAGAUGAGGUGCAACCUGUUGCCAAGAACCAAGUUAUUAACAUUGGGAAUUUACAACCCCAAGCUCUUAAUUUAGUUGAGCCUGCGGCUGUAAUUCCCGUUGGUGUAAAUCAUGCUGUUGUUAGUUCUGGGGACCUACUUGAUGCUCCUGUGAAUCCCAAAGCCGUAAACCCUACUGCUGGUAAACCUGCACGCUUGCCUAGUAAUGAUGCAGGACAGGUAAACAAUGUGAUAGCUUCUCCAGUGCAAGGCAAAAAGGCUCCAGUACUAAAUAUGGACAUUCCUCAGCAAGGUUUGAACCAGAGAGCAGACCAGCCAAUAGCUAAUCAAAAUUCCCUUCCAAAUUAUCCCAUUAGUGGGAAUCGUGUAUUCAAUGUAGGUUCUCUCAUGGGUAAUGCUAAUAAUCAACCAGGUAAUGUAGAUAACCAAGCCCAACCAGCUGUUGUCCUGAGUCAUAAUAUUGGACAAUCCAUUGGUGUUGCUAGAAGUGAUCCUAAAGAGAAACUAGCACCUGAAAACCUACAAGUGCUACUAGGUGAGUCUCAGGCAAACUUGGAGGUAUCUGUACAUCAGCUUCAGAAGAAAGUCCCUGUUCAGGAAGUUCAGUCACAGGAUAAACCUAAAGUGCCUGUGGGCCAACUGGAGGAUGUGCAACAUAUAGAUGAAUCAUUGCUACUGAAGAGAGGAGACACUGCUCAAGCAAGUGACAUUAAGAAAGCUGUUCUCCCUGUUGAUAAUCAACAAGUCAACAUAGAAUUGAUUGGAAGAGUAAAUAAUGAGUUACCAAAGUCAAAGGAAAUAGAGAAAAUACCACUAGCUAUUAAUAAACCAAAUAAUUUACCAUCUCAAAAUGAGGUUGAGAAUCAGGAGAAUGCAAAUAACAAUAAAAUUAAAGAAGACAAAAAGAAAACGGAUCACGACGAGGAAAGACGAAAACGUCAAGCCGACGAUAAGUAUGCAUUCAAUCUCCCUGAGGUUGAUCUUCUUAAAGAGAUCAAACCAAGAGAUACAGAUGUAGUUUAUGACACCCGUCACCUCCUGUGGAGCAGUCGAUCAAGAAGGAAAAGAAGAAGGAAUGACAGGGGAAGGGAUGACUAUUAUUGGGAUGAAACUUAAGGGUCCGUCCCGUAGAUCUACAGCUUUACGUUCAGGGUCCAAACCGUAGAUCUACGUCAUGAGCUCAGCUCACUCUGAUAAACUGUGAGUGGUACAUUUGGGCCUAGAUAUGAGAGAAUACAUCUAUGUGGUAUGUGUGCACCACAUAAAACAGAUCCUGCAGCACACUGUGUAUAAUGAGAGAAAAAAACUGAAAUCAUGAUUUUUCGAUUAAAACAGCGACUUUGCAGU